AUAGAUUUAUUGUUUCGUCAUAAGUUUGCUUCUUGGCGUCGCUGCUUUCAAGAUACACUUCAUUUGGCCGAACAACUUUCUCCUUCCAUCUAGGAUAAUUUAUGUGGCACUACUGAAUUUGGAUUAUAUUGGAUUUUACGUGCACUUAAUGGACUUGCUACAAAUGGUGCUUUAGAGGUCAAGCGUUUACAUUUAGUUUCUAAAUGUUUUGAGACGGAGUUAGAGAAUCUGAUGAGACCGAAGGAUAAUUUAUCUGCAUUUACCCAUAAACAAAUAACUGAAAAAUAUGUACAAAAUUGGGAUUAUAUUAAAAAUAUUCUUCAAAUUGUUGAUCGGAUUCGAAAGCUUUCUUGUUGUCCAAAAGAACAUUACAAGCAAACUUCUCAUGAUUUGGGAAAUUUAUAG